AUGGAUCCAGCACUCAUCCCACAACACUCCAGUCAUUCAUCCAAUUCCACCAGUUCUUCAAAGAAGAAGGGAAGACAUCGUAAAUUGGAUUCUCUCACCUAUGAAACCAUCAGAGAGUAUUUCGUGUAUACUCAAACACAAGCAGCGAAGAAGCUCGGAGUAUCAGUCUCUACUCUCAAGAGAAAGUUUUACAGUUUGGGAUAUGAGAACCGAUGGCCCUACAUUCGAACCGUAACUCCAAAGAAGAAGAAAGGCUCUCCUUCAUCAUCCAAGAGAAAUCGUUCCAAUGAAGAUGGAGAGUCCUCUGAGGAACCCGAGUAUUCUUCAUCAGGUGAAGAGGAAUUCUAUGACUCACAAGAAGAACACGAAGCACCAUCAUUAGUGAGCACCAAGAAGAGAAAGUUGGUUUCUUCUUCCGAAAAAGGCCAACCAAAAGUUUUGAGCUUUUCAACCACUAGCGGGGUGAUGAGAGUUCAAGAAGAACAUCCUCAAUCAAACACCAUUUCUCCAACAACAACAGCAGAUUCAGAGGAAGAGGAAUACAUUUCAUCAGAGGAAGAAGAAGAGGAUCAGCUCGUGAUUCACGAUGAAGAGGAUGACAGUUCCAGCUAUGAACGAAACGAUGGAAAGCCUCAUCGAGAAGGAGCAAUGAAAAACAAAAAGACCAUCCAUGCAACCACCACGACUACAACAACAAACACACCUACAACUCACGAACUAUACUUCCAUCCAAAUAAUUCAUCUUCUCGCUCUAACUUGUCUCUAGCCGAACAGCCCUCGUAUCAUCAUCACCAUUCAUCCAUGAAUCAUCACUAUCUUAUUUGCAAUCCCGAAAACAGCAAUGACGCCUUUUCAACUUACAACAAAUACAACGCCUUCUCUCAAUCCUACAACGAGCCAAAUAGUGCCUCAAGUCAAAGCAACCGUCUAUUCAACGAGGUUUCUAACCAAAGUCAAGACCAAUUUCAAGAUGAUUUUCUUGCAGCCUCCAUGCUGUGUCGGUUUGCAUCAGAAAAAAGUUUGACAGCUGCCAAUAGUGAUGGAAGAACAAAUACUGCACCAUCAUCUGGCAGCCAUACAACCCACUUUAUGAACUACCAUGCACAGCCUUUGAAGAAACGUCUACCAUCUUUCAGCGAGAUUUCAAAGAAUCUAUAUUCCAAACCACCUAUUGUGAAUAAGGAAGAUUUAAUCCUUGUUCCAAUGAAAAAUAAUCAUGGCGAGAAUGGAAGUCGAGAGUAG